UCAAAUCCACCGAAGAAAAUUCAGAAAGGGCGUCGUUUUUAAAGCACGUUGUUUUUUUCGAACAACGGCUGUGUUGUUGUCUUGGUACUGAAAAUACAGGCAGUAACUAGCUAGCUAGUUCAGUUCAAUACUUGUGUUGCAAAACAGACGUGGCUAACGUUACGCAUUUAUACUAAGAAGCUCACACUAUAGGAAAUGGAAAACUUGGAUUUCUCAGAAGAUGAAAUUCAACAACAAUUGGAGGCACUUGGUUACAACAACAUACCAAGACACAGACUACGUGAAUUCAAAAGAGAUCUAGAUGAACUGAUCCGACAUGAAAAAUCUAAGAGCCACUCAUCCAGUGAAUUGAACUCGACAAGAUCUCAAAGCACCAUCUUCAAAAGUCCUCCUGCAGUCACCAAGGUUAAAGUACAGGAUAACACUGCAGCCUUCAGAAAUGUGUUUGCCCAGGCUGGUCCAUCACACCAUGAAAGACGGGUGCUAACCUCCACAUACAGCAGAGAUAACAUUAACUAUGGUGCCAGACAGGAGUAUGACUCCUACACUCAGCACUCUGUUGCCCCCAAGUACCAGCGCCCCUCAACAGCCCCUAAUAGACUGGAAGUGGAUCCAGACCUAACUGACCUCCAGCAGUUAUCGUUUGCUGUCAGUCAGUCAUCCACACCAGACCGAGACACAGGAGCGCAUGGGAGACCCUUUAUCAAGAGGAAAGUCCUUAGGAAACAACAAGGACAAGUUCACGUCUGCGAUGAAUCAACACAUAGUGAAGAUUCAGGUGCAGUGAGUGGGCUGGGGGAGCGUCUGGGAGGGAUUCAUGUGUCCAUGUCCACCCAUCAGGAGUUGGAGCUGGAGAGUGAUGAAGCAGGCAGUCUGAGUGACAGGUCGGAGUCGGACCAUCUCCCAAGUACCUUCAAAGCCUACAUCAGAGGCACGGCCAGAUCUGGGAGUGAGAUUGACAUCAGACCCCAGCCCAAGUCGUUUAUCCGCCCAGUAAUGGAUCAUCCUCACACCAGAAAUCUGAAGAAGACAGACCCAGUGGCAAAGUAUUUCCAGUACAAGCAGGACUGGGAAAUGUUCAAGGCGCCAGGAGAGAAGGAUAGGAAAGCACUGCACUGGGAAAUCAGAGAACAGCUCGCGUACCAACCUUUACCACCGAAGCCUCGAAGAGUAUUUGUGCCCAACACCUACGUGGUGCCUACAGAGAAGAAACGCUCCGCCCUGAGAUGGGAAAUACGACAUGACUUGGCCAAUGGACUCCUGCCGCCAAUCAACUAUCGACUCUAGGCCUUAUGUACUUUAUGCCUUAAAUAGGCUCUCUUUUAAUCACCGGUUUGCACAUCUUAUCAUUGACAUUUAUUUAUUCACAAGUUUUUAUUGAACAUAUUAAAAGGCAUGACAAACA